CUGAAGUUAUAUUUUGCUUGGCAGAAACAACGUUUCCGCUCGCUUGAUUAAGUUAGAUCCAAACCCACUCUCCCCAAUUUAUACGGUAAUCUCACCCGCGCCGACAGCUAGCCUAUGGUGCCCAUCAUGUCGCCGCAUCAAAAGCGACUUUUCCCGUUACUCUGUGUGCACAAGUCUUGUCCUUUAACCUGUGCGCAUUCCAAGGCCUAAUCAUUCAGACGCCAUCCACACCUGCGGUGAGAGUGAAGUGGCGCGAUAUCCCAUUCGCCAUCCCGAAUUGGAGGGCCAUGACGAACUCCACGCCCACAAUUGCCUGGAUCUGUCUCGCUGCAAUCCAGGUAGAGGCAGCAGCGGCCCUAUUGGAAGAUGCCCGUCAAGAUACCUCGCCGCCGCAGCCUGAUAACCUCAAAGUUUAUGUCGGCACGAUUGGGCUUGCCCAUGUCGUCGUCUUUCAUACUCUGACUUCGCUUUCGAUAGCAGAUGUCGAGACCCGAGUAGAGACCAUAACGCCGCACCUCCAGACACUUCAGGCUGUCGUCAUCACUGGUCGUAUAGCUCAGCAGUCGCCGGAUGCCUGUCCCGGGGACUUAUUUAUCAGUCCAUCCUCACAAGUCGCCAACGGUCCUGAUGCCUCGGCCAGAAAAGACUUGGUGCAGUGCGCUCUCCGUGUGCUCCAUGGAGAGACUGGAGAUGAUGGAUCUUGGCUCUCAACGAACCAUCCACAAAGCGAGUCUCCUGCCUCCGUCAUCGGCGAACGAGACACUGCGAACUCUCCGCGUCUUCAUUACCUUCAAGAUUUCGACCAGGUGAAGAGAUUUAGGGUGUUGGAUGAAGCAGGCCUGAGGUUCUGGGACAACAAAUCCCCCACGGUUGUUGUACUCGGGAUUGAUGAUGUGGAGUCGUCAGGGCGUGACCUCCUGGUGCCGAACGCUGCCUUGAAUACGGCGUCAUAUGCGAAAGAACUUAUCCAGCUCAUGGCUGAUCCAUCAGUCAGGGAGAUUCCGACUCUGGAAGGGACAGAGAAAGUCGUCCCCGCUCCGCCAGCUCCACAGCUACCUCCAUUUCCCCUACACCAGUAUCCCACACAUGGCAACGAAGUUCUGCUGGUAAUCCCAACCGAAAACGACAGCAAGAAAGCGAUCAUCCGGGAAUGUAUAGGAGAGCGAAACCCUACCGGUCUGAAAGUUCACACCAUCACCGUGCCUGUGGAAUCGAACGCAGGCGAGCAGCCCUAUAACAAGGCCGGCGCCCUAGGGGCGUAUCACCGCGUCAGUAACGCCCUUGCUAGACUGCACGGCGCAGAGUUCGCAGCCGUUUUUGCACAGAACAGAAUAGGAACCGUCAUGGCCGUGUCCAUCGAGAACUACAUCCAGACGCAGGACGUUGACCGCCCGGCCGACUUCGCCAUCGGGGUUGUUCAUAACGCCACGACCAACAGGACCGGCGCGUGCGCGUCCAGGGGCGUGACGCUUCCGCCCGAGUACGUCCGCCGGGCUCGACGGUUCGGCAAUGAUGGAGAUGAAGACCACGGCAAGAUCACCGUCGGCCAGGUCCUGGCGGCGCGUGUGCCGGGACUGGAUAAAGCUAACUGGCACGCGGUGCUCGCUGGAUGCUCAAGGUAUGAUCUCUUGAAGGAGGCUCUUAGGGGGAUGCCUAUCCCGUGGUAGAUCCACGGUUCUAUCUGGUGUAGAAUAUUAUUUACUCUCGCAAAUACGCAUGUAGAGAUAAAACCGGGUGGGUGAGAAAUGAGAAUUUCAAAUUAUAGGACCUUUUCCUCCUAUGAAAAGAACUCGAAGAAGGAAAGGGUUUUUAGACUAGCAUCAUCAAUAUGACUCUCGACCUGUCGGUGUAUACCCCCUAGACCAUUGAGUUAUUGUGUAGAAUACGACUUCGGAUUUUCCUGUACGAUCCUCCCCAAUACCACCAAACUGCGAG